CAUCGCAAUUGCUGUCUCAUGGCGAACGUGAACCCCCUAUCCAACCCCAAAGGGGUGAAGCUGCAGUGCGAGCUGUGCCGCAGCCCGGCUCACAUACAGUGCAGGGGCUGCAAGGUGACUUAUUACUGUGACCCGGAGCACCAGCGAGCAGACUGGACGAGCAUCCAUGAGAAGAUCUGCCAACUGCUGAUCCCCGUCCGUACUCCAGUCCCUUUCCUGAAUUCUGCAGCGGAGAGGUCACACUCCAUGGAGCAGCUAUUGCAGAGAAAGAAACAUUUAAUUGAACUGACCACUAAAGAAGCUCAGAGACUCCUGUAUGAAGGACGCCACAUGGACGUGAUCCCCGCUGCCACCCAUUCCCUGUCCUUCAGUGUGGAUGUGUACGGACUGGCAUCUGUGGAGUUAGUGCCAGUCUACCUUAUCCUUGCUGAAGCCAACAUUGGUCUUGGGCAUCUGACCCAGGCAGAAGAAUAUCUCUCACAUGCCUACUGGACAGUGAUGAAGGCUACCGACUGCAGCAAUUCCUUCAGAUCCAAACUACACCGCAACCUCGGUUUGCUCUACUCAGCCAAAGGGGAGUUUGAGGAGUCGCUCCGACAUUUGUCUAAUGAUGUCUACUUUGCAAGUACAGUUUUAGGACCAAGUCAUAUCACCACUUCCGGAGGAUUCUUCCACAUGGCCAAUAUAUUUUUUCGGCAGAAUAAAAUGGAUAUUGCUGAUUCUCUAUAUUCUGAGGUCACUGAUAUAUGGCACGCUCAUCUCAGCAAACUGGUGGAGGUUCAGAUACAAGCGUCACUCAGAAGUGGCCCUGCGUGGUUUGAUGAUGCUGAUCAGGAAUAUUUAGAUGAAAACCAGGAAGCUGAAGCCCUCCAGAUACUCAGCGCUAUAUAUGACAUCAGAGAACAGGUUCUAAAGGAGUCCACUAAGGUGGCAAAAGUCCUGCAUACUCUGACCAUGCUGUAUUUUCUCAGCAGGGAUUUUCAUAAAGCCAGUGAAUGGGGAAAGAAACUGCUUCAGAUGGCCGAACAGCUUCCACAGGAUGAGCAGUCAGACAGCAUCACAGUCUUAAUGGAGAACAUUGAAAGAAAAUUAAAUACCAAGAAAGACUCUAUUCACGAGACACUUAAUACCAUUAUCAUAUAACUUCUCUCAUAGUCAGAAGGAUUUGUAAAUGUGUACCCAUGUUUCAUCACAUUACAGGGGUUUUCCUAUAAAAAACAGUUAGGGGGUCAUUUAUUAAGCCCGGCAUUUUAGACGCCGGUCUUAAAGUGUAACCGCCAUGUUUUCAUUAAAAAAUUUUUUUUUUAGCAUAUGUUACUGCUGCAAGAGAAGCAGUUCAUUGUACGGUCUCCUCUCACCAAGGGCCCAAAAUCAGUGGUACACCCUGCAUCUGCAUUAGGUAUACCACUGCUGUAUAAUUUUUGAGAUGCCAUUUGCUAAGCAGUAGUAGAAGCAGAGCUAGAUUUCAGUCAUAUUCAAUAAAGGGCUUGAUGGGGCAUAUUUAAGAGACCAGGACCAACUACAUACUUACCAUGGAGGUAGACCACGCAACUGCUGUGGAGUGAGGGAGACCCCAAACUGAACUCCUUCCCCUGAUUAGCCAUCACUAGGGGGAGCUCAGUGCAAAGAGCUUUUACAGCUUCCAUUGAGUUCAGUGGUAACUAUAUAAAUGCCUAUGCCUUGAGCUGUCCUUAGUGGUUGCUGCAGGUAGCCAGUUCUAUCAUGUACAGGAUUUAAAAUAAUUCUGAAUGAGUUCCAUAUUUAUUAAGCGUCCGUUCCACUUUUUCCGGCAUAGAAGUUGGGUACAGUGGAAGAGGCGCAGCAUGGCUUUUUUAGCAGAGCAAUAGCACAGUAAAGAUGCUCCAGAAUCGUUAUGUGACUGCAAGCAUUUACUAAACCGGACCUGUCAAGAGACCCCGUACUCUGUGCUCAUCCAUUGAUUUGUCCUUCGCUUGCCCAAAUGACUAUUGGCCUGGAUUAGACUAAAGAACGGUCACAGAGAGAGUCCACCAUUGUGUCUUGUACCAGCAAGUUUAUUAGGAAAAUCAUUUUAAUUGUCAUGUUUAGCGCAAAACAGUCAUUUUGGUGUUACAUUGCCAUUGUGAAUUUGGGGUUUUGGGAGGGAAUCUGGUUGUCACCUCCUAUGCCCCCAAAAAAGAAUUUAUCAUACAGUAACAGGCUUCUAAUAAAUAGUAUUACUCAA